AUGAGUACAGGCAGAGUCAACCCUUAUAGCAUAGUGUCUUCUGAGGAAGACGGGUUGAUCUUGACCGCCAUGCCUGGAGUGAAUGGUUUUGGCAACGGUAAGAUCCAUACUCGGAGGAAAUGCCGGAAUCGAUUUGUUAAGAAGAAUGGCCAGUGCAACGUCGAAUUUACCAACAUGGAUGAUAAGCCUCAGAGAUAUAUAGCUGACAUGUUCACCACGUGUGUGGACAUCCGCUGGAGAUACAUGUUGCUGCUCUUUUCCCUUGCUUUCCUAGUGUCCUGGUUAUUGUUUGGCCUGAUCUUUUGGCUGAUUGCACUUGUCCAUGGUGAUAUCGAGAAGCCAACUAAAGAUGAGACCUUCACCCCUUGCCUCCUCCAGGUGAAUGGCUUUGUGGCUGCUUUCCUCUUCUCCAUUGAGACUCAAACGACAAUAGGCUAUGGUUUCCGUUGCGUGACAGAGGAGUGCCCUCUGGCUGUUUUCAUGGUGGUCCUUCAGUCUAUUGUAGGGUGCAUCAUCGACUCUUUCAUGAUUGGCGCCAUCAUGGCUAAAAUGGCAAGGCCGAAGAAGAGAGCUGAAACUUUGCUCUUCAGUCAUCAUGCGGUGGUGGCCAUGAGGGAUGGCAAGCUUUGCCUGAUGUGGAGGGUGGGCAAUCUCCGUAAGAGUCACAUUGUUGAGGCUCAUGUCAGAGCUCAGCUUCUUAAGCCCAGGAUCACUGAGGAGGGGGAAUAUAUCCCCCUUGACCAAAUUGACAUAGAUGUUGGGUUCGACAAAGGCUUGGACCGUAUCUUUUUGGUAUCCCCCUUGACGAUCCUUCAUGAGAUCAAUGAGGAGAGCCCACUCUUUGGGAUUAGUCGUCAAGAUUUGGAAAUGGAUGAUUUUGAGAUUGUGGUUAUCCUUGAGGGCAUGGUGGAGGCUACUGCCAUGACCACACAAGCUCGGAGUUCGUACUUGUCCAAUGAGAUCCUCUGGGGCCACCGCUUUGAGCCUGUCCUCUUUGAGGAGAAAAACCAAUACAAAGUGGACUAUUCGCAUUUCCACAAAACCUAUGAGGUCCCAUCAACUCCCUGCUGCAGUGCCAAGGACUUGAUGGAAAACAAAUUCCUACUUCCAAGCACCAAUUCAUUCUGCUAUGAGAACGAGCUUGCAUUUAUGAGCCGUGAUGAGGAGGAGGAGGAGGAGGAGGAAGACGAUAGUAGAGGUUUGGACAAUCCAUGCUCAGGUGACCAGCCUGAAUUCGAUAGGCUGCCAGCUACUGUACCUCUUGAUCAAAGGUCCUAUCGGAGAGAAUCAGAAAUAUGA